CCCCCUCCUCUUUCUCCUCUUGUCUUUUCGGGCAUCGGCAGAAGCAGUCCUCCAUCUUCUGUUAGAGUCUGAAGAUCAGCACCGGUCAAAAUGUCUGAGGGAAAGAAAAUGACCUCGAGCCGCAGGCAUCAUCUGAAAAGCUUGAUGCUGCAGAUUGCGGCUGGCUGGCUCGAGCAGGAGAAGAAGGACAUAGCUGCUGCGAGGGAGGCCUACAUCAAUGAGAACUGCCCACCUCCAGACCUGAGUGGAGACCAGGCUGCCCUUAUGGAAAUCUGCAAGAAGAUUCAUGCUCAGAUUGACAAAAUUGACGAUCAGAGGUACGAUGCUGAGGCCAAAGUGCAGAAGACUGACAAAGAGAUUGAGGACUUGAAGUUGAAGGUGGUGGAGUUGGCUGGAGUGAAGAAGCCCGCUCUGAAGAAAGUGCGUAUGUCCGCUGACGCCAUGCUGCAGGCUCUGCUCGGAGGAAAACACAAGGUCACCAUGGAUCUGAGAGCUAAUCUGAAGCAGGUCAAGAAAGAGGUCAAAGAGGAGCCCACUGAGGCAGUUGGGGACUGGCGUAAGAACAUUGAGGAUAAAGCAGACAGGAAAAAGAUGUUUGAGACUUCCUAAACACCAGAAGGAUAAACACACGGAGGGGCUGAGGGUGCAGCUCAGGUCUGAGUGGUUACA